AUGAAGGAUGAAAGUUUGUGUCAGAACUAUGACGAAAACAACGUUAUGUUCAGAAUUCAAGAAUUUUUAAAAAUUUCGCUGUACAAAUUCAAAACUAUUGACCGCUAUCCCGCGUUUAAACCUAACUGUUUUAAUCACAAAACGUACCUGCUGUAUAAUAACAAUGAACUAAAUAUUCGGAUUGAUCUUCUUACAGGAAGAACCGGUGACGUGGAUGUGCCGUCAGAACCGGGCAUAGUCAUAUCCAGAAAACAGAGAAGAGGAAGGACCGCAUUCACGGCCCAACAACUGGAAGGCUUGGAAAGGUCGUUUUUGGCUUGCCAGUAUCCAGACAUAGCAGCCCGGGAAACUUUGGCUGCAAAAUUUGGACUUCCGGAACCUCGAGUCCAAGUGUGGUUCAGCAAUCGGAGAGCGAGAUGGAGAAAACAGAAUAGUUCCAACGUACAGCACAACAUAAUCAGCAGCAAUUUUUCUGAGAACCUAAACACACCUUCCUACACUGGUACAGCCGAUUGGAGACUUCAACCUGGUGGUCAGUACAACGGUUAUUACGACGGGUCUGCGUGGGACGAAUACCAGCAAACCGCGCGGACCAACGCGGCCCACCAAUACGGAGACAUAUUCAACCCGUCCGCCGCCGCUGUGGCUUAUGGCGUGCACAAUGAAUUUGCAACUAACCCGACCAAACUACGUAUGCCGCCGACGCUUCCGCCACCGCCACCGCCACCGCCGACACAUCAGCCACCAACCGCCAUCGCCACCACAACUUCCGCCACCUCCAUGGGAUACCAUCAGCCACCGACCUCGGCGGUCAAUCGCUGGACGGAAUUCGGGAAAGCCACCAUCGCUUCCACGUCCGCAGUCGACUUCCCAGUGGCGUCUUAUUUCAACAACAAUUUAUUAUGAUAUUGUUAUUAAUAACUUGACUAUAUAUUAACAAUAAUAAUUGUACGUUCGUAUAAUAUCGUAUACCGCGACCAUAAUAAUAUUAUAGGAGAUGGCGUUUAACGUUACCAUACAUCUUAUUGUACCACGUCGACAAAGGUUGUAUAAAAUUAGGUAUUAGGUGCCCUUGAAAAUGCACCCAUGUUGCGUGUAUAAUAUUAUUGUUUAUCACAUAGUAUGCAAGGCAAUAAUUCAACAAACAAGCUCAUCCAUAUUUUUUCUAAAAUCAUAGAUUCGUUUGAAUUAAAAUUUUUCAAUUUUUUAAGUACCUACUU